AUGUCUACUAUACUAGAAAUGAUAGUAAAUGAAUUGUUUAAAACCCAUGGAUCUCAGUCAUCAUUUCAUGGACCGAGUAAGACAGUUGCUCACGACCAUCAAAAUAUGGCUCAAGACAAUAUUGUUAUGUGUCCAUGUGAAAAUUUAUACCUCAUUGUAGAUGCAUUCUUACAACAUUUACGGAUAGAUCAUAAAUGUAAUGAAUGCCAAAUGACUGUUAAUAAUCUCAUCAGUCAAAGUGUUGUUAAAAGGAAAAAUGCCAUCAACGGUGAAGAUUUGAAAAAAGAAACGAAUAUUAAACCAUAUUCUUGUGAUGUUUGUAAUAAAAAGUUUAAGAAUACAAUCGAUCUCCAACGACAUUGUACGGCGAAAAAACAUCACACAUAUAUUAGAGAAACGCAAUAG